GACAAACCCAAAAAUAAAGCGUGAAUCCAAGGCGCCGGAACAAAUCGUGACACAGCUGCACGGUCCUAUUCUGUCAGCGCUGAGCUCUUUUGAUUUUUGAAGGCAGUUGAAGUGUCGUGCUGUAACAAAUUCAGUCCGAAACACACAACCAGAGAGUGACAGCGAGAGUGAAAGCCAUGCCGGAGGAGACGACCACCAUAGACUACGUGAUGGAGGCAGCGUCCGGGCCCCACUUCUCGGGGCUCAGACUUGACGGCCUCCUCUCAUCUCCACGUUCUGCAUCGUCUUCCUCUCCUGCUUCCGCUGCUUCAAACCCAGCCGACCCCAACGCCACCAAGCAGCCCUUCGUCAUUGGUGUUUCGGGAGGUACGGCUUCUGGUAAGACCACGGUUUGCGACAUGAUCAUCCAACAGCUUCACGAUCAUCGGGUCGUCCUUGUCAAUCAGGAUUCAUUUUACCGUGGUUUGACACCUGAGGAAUCUGAACGGGUGCAUGAGUAUAAUUUUGAUCAUCCUGAUGCUUUUGACACUGAGCAACUUUUAGAGUGCGUUCAAAAGCUAAAAUGUGGCCAAUCUGUCCAAGUUCCGAUUUAUGAUUUUAAGAUCCAUCGACGAAGUUCUGAUACUUUCCGGCAGGUGAAUGCUUCCGAUGUAAUAAUUUUGGAGGGAAUUCUGGUAUUCCACGAUCAACGUGUCCGAAAUCUGAUGAACAUGAAGAUUUUUGUCGAUACAGAUGCUGAUGUAAGGCUUGCUCGUAGAAUAAGACGAGACACAGUUGAGAGGGGGAGGGACAUAAACUCUGUUCUUGAAAUGUAUGCCAAGUUUGUCAAGCCUGCUUUUGAUGAUUUUGUUCACCCAUCAAAGAAGUAUGCUGAUGUGAUCAUUCCCCGUGGUGGUGAUAAUCAUGUAGCCAUUGAUUUGAUUGUGCAACAUAUUCAAACAAAGCUUGGUCAGCAUGACCUCUGCAAAAUUUAUCCCAAUAUGUAUGUUAUUCAGUCAACAUUUCAGAUUAGAGGUAUGCAUACACUGAUUCGAGACCGAGAAAUAUCAAAGCAUGACUUUGUAUUUUAUUCAGAUCGGCUAAUUCGUCUGGUUGUGGAGCAUGGCCUUGGCCAUUUGCCAUUCACAGAGAAGCAAGUAGUAACUCCAACAGCAUCAGUAUAUACUGGGGUUGAUUUCUGCAAGAAAUUGUGUGGGGUUUCAAUUGUUCGAAGUGGUGAGAGCAUGGAAAAUGCAUUACGUGCAUGCUGCAAAGGAAUAAAAAUUGGAAAGAUUCUGAUUCACCGUGAUGGAGACAAUGGGAAACAGCUUAUAUACGAGAAGCUUCCCAAGGAUAUUUCAGAACGACAUGUCCUGCUUCUAGACCCCGUCCUUGCUACAGGUAACUCAGCUAACCAGGCUAUUGAACUACUCAUACAGAAAGGAGUUCCUGAAGCACAUAUAAUAUUCUUAAACCUUAUCUCUGCCCCUGAAGGAAUCCAUUGUGUUUCCAAACGGUUUCCAUCGUUGAAGAUUGUCACUUCAGAGAUUGAUGUUGCACUGAAUGAAGAAUUCCGUGUGAUACCAGGAAUGGGUGAAUUUGGUGAUCGGUACUUUGGCACUGAUGAUUGAUCGCAGAGAUAAGUGCAUAUUGUAGAUUGUGAUCCUAAAAUCUUUGGGCUCCUGUGGCCUUGAAAUAGAUGGUUAUACAGAAACACCAAGGAGAUUGGCUUAUGCAUCUUUUGUUACCGGAACUAUGUAGUGUGUAUUGGCGCUAUUUACAAAUUCUAUAGUUCGACUGCUUGACUUGUUUCAACCUAUAUGAUCUUGCUGUGAUGGAUGGAGGAAAAUUAUAAACAGUUUUAUGUUUAAUUAAUAUAAUAUAAUGUCCUCGUGUGAAA